AAAGACAAGGAAUAAAUCUAAUAAUUUGUGUUAUUAAUUAGUUAAAUUAUGUAUGAAAUAGUAUACAACACGACUUUCUUUUACAACUGAAAAUGAGUCAAGGAAUCGAAAACAGGGUUAUUUUUAAUUUUGGAAGUUUGAAAACAUGUUCUUCCCCGAAAAGGCUAAAUAAAAAAGUGCAGUUACCGGAUAAACCAAGUAAUAUGUUAGAUACAACAACACAGGGUUCGUUUGUUGUAACGAACAAGCUAAAAAAAAAGUGGAAUACAUUCAAUAGUCGUAAAACAUUUACUGUGUAUAAACCUAAAAAUCAAGUUGAAGUUGAUGAAACCGUUGAUAAUUACACAGAAAUUGAUUACGAUGCUUACUUAAUAUUUACAGAAAAGUUGUUUAGCAAUUUUAAGAUCAUGGCAGGCAACUGUCACAAAAACGGCAUAGCCUACAGGGUUAAAAAUAAAAGAAAGAAGGCCAAAGAGUUACACAACAUUUUUGUCGUAAAGAAACAAAUUUUUUGUGAUGAAAAUGAAAGCGAAGUUGUUGUUUCCAAAAGAAACACAAACAUUCAGGAAGAAUCCACACCACAUCAAAAUAAAUUAACAAAAGAAAAUGGUACAUCAGUAGCUAUCAGACAAAAAGAAACUGUUAAUAAUAGUAGAUUACCUUUGCAGUCUUCAGAAAUACCCACCAAAAAGAAAAAAGAUAAAAACAAUAAGAAAAAUGUUAUGUUUCCAAAUUAUUGGUCUCCCAAUGAAGUUGAAAAAGGUUUACAGAAUGGUGAACUGAUAAAGGGAAUAUUACGAAUUAAUCCCAAAAACUAUAAAGAAGCAUAUGUUAGUAACAAAGACCGUAGCAAACAAGACUAUGUAAUUGAGUCUUUACUAGACAGAAACAGAGCCUUAGAAGGUGAUGUUGUUGCUCUUAAAUUAAAAUCAGAAGAUGAGUGGAAGGAGAAACAGCAAACUGCUGUUGUUGUUUAUAUCCUUGAAAUGGUUCAUCCUAGAAAAGCAGUAGGAUAUAUAAGAGUACAGCAUAAAAACAAAAAUAAAAUUCAGGCCCUAUUCUGUCCCCGUGACAAUAGGAUCCCUAGGAUGGAAAUCGAUCCGAUUUAUUGGCCCCCACUGUUUACCAAGGACCCAUCUAGAUACGAAGAAACCUUAUUUUUGGCCAAAAUUAUAUUAUGGGUUAACGUUAACUUUGCUGUUGGCGUAAUACUUAAAAACGUCGGCACUAGUUUCAAUUUGGUCGUUGAAACUACAGCGUUACUUUUAGAAAAUGAACUUGACGUGUCCCCAUUCCCGCCCGAAGCGUUACAACACGUCCCAAAACAGACAGACAUCAGCGAAGAAGAUUUAUCUUACAGAAAAGAUUUAAGGAACGAAUGUAUUUUUACUAUUGAUCCUCUGACCGCUCGGGACUUGGACGAUGCCGUUUCUUGUAAGGAACUCGAAAAUGGUAAUUAUUUAGUUGGUGUUCACAUUUCCGACGUCGCGCAUUAUUUAAAAGAGGCCACUAUCCUGGACACUAUCGUGAGCCAGAAAGCAACUUCUAUUUAUCUGGUUGACAACGUUUUUCACAUGCUACCCACCGAGAUGUGCAUGCACUGCUCAUUGUUACCUGGCAAAGAUAAACUUUCCUUUUCCGUAUUGUGGGAGAUGACAAGUGAAGGGGAAAUCCUCAAAACUGAGUAUACACGAUCCGUAAUCAAUUCCUGCGCUCAACUUGCAUACGAACACGCUCAGAAAAUAAUCGAGAAUCCUGAUGAUGAGAUUUCUGAUGAUGGGACACCUAAAAUACACAACGGCUUUGAGUGGAAUGACCUUAAAAAAGUAGUUACGGCGUUGUACGAAAUAUCAUUAAACUUGCGCCGCAAACGAUUCGAAAAUGGCGCUUUACAAAUCAAUCAACCAAAAAUGGUGUUCCGGCUUGAUCCUACAUCAAUGGUUCCAACUGAAUGGUUUGUUUAUGAAAACAAGGAAGCUCACCGUCUUAUCGAGGAGUUUAUGUUAUUGGCAAAUAUAAGUGUGGCCAAAAAAUUGGUUCAAAACUAUCCUGACAUUGCCUUUUUACGAUGCCACGAUCCUCCCACUAGACAUAUGCUAGAAGAUUUGCAGAAAACGAUGAAAGCGGUCGAUGUUCAUUUGGAUAUUUCUUCAUCAGGAGACAUACAGUCCAGUCUCCGUGCACAUACCUCUAACGAUUAUGCAGGUAUGGCCAAAAUGGUUGUACUUAAUCACCUUCUUGCGAAGCCUAUGACUCGAGCGAGGUACUUUUGUUCCGAGGAUGGUCAAGAUCCAGCUGAAUUUUACCAUUAUGCUUUAAGCAUUCCACUUUAUACCCAUUUCACUUCUCCAAUUCGACGUUACGCAGACAUUAUCGUACAUCGUUUGCUUGCCGCCACCUUAGGUUAUACAGAGAAACCACAAUGGGAAAGAGAAAGUGUUGUCAAGUUGGCAGCUAACUGUAAUAAACAGAAAUAUAAUGCGAAAAGAGCAGGUGAGGCUAGUUGUGACCUGUUCUUUGCCCAUUAUGUUGAAACCCAUCAACCAUUUAUACAAGACGCCGUUGUUUGUGACGUUAAGGACCGUUCAUUUGAUGUCAUUGUAAUUGCAACCGGGACAAACGUGAGAAUAUAUGAAGACUCUUUUGACGAGAAAGUAACGUGGACUUUUACAGAAGAACAUUCUAAAAAGCAAAUUAGCAUAAGGUAUCCUGAAACACAAGAAGAGGAAGAGUUUACUUAUGUUAUAAAAAUAUUUACAAUAGUUAAAGUGGCUCUUAAACGAAAACCUAAAACCCAUAAGCUGGAAGGCACUCUGCUCAAACCGAUCAACAAAAUUGUUGUCCACAGAUCGUAUUAAUCAAUAUCUACCAUAAAAUUUCUGUAAAUUGUUAAGGAUUUUACAGAUUAGACUUUUGAGAUUUUUUAAGGCAAAAAUAAUAAAUAAUAAUGAUAAAUAAAUGGUUAAAUAUUUAUUUUUAUAAAAAGGGCAGAAUAAAAAACGGAAUUUUUAAAAGUACAAUUACAAUUUGAUUUAAUGGCUUGUAUCCGUUCUUCGCAGAAAAGUUUUUUAGUCGUGAUACAAUUUUUUAUGUUCGUUGUAACGUUUUCUCGUUUUGUUGGCUCGGAUUUAUUCUGUCAUUUGUUAAGUUAGAUGACGUUUAUACUGUGGUAUAUUAUAAUAAACGCUUUUAUAAAAUAA